UCCGGGCCGCUGAGGCUCUGAGUGACAGCGGCCGCAGUUGAGCUGGAAUAAACAGAGAGAGAGGAGACGAGAGAGAAAAGUGCGGCGACCGGAGGCUGUUUUUAACUUUGUGCCGUGACAGCGACACGCGCAGAGACUCCACCGCUCAUCACCGGCCGCGUGUGCGCUGUGGUCUGACCGCUGGUGCCCGGUUCCCCCGCAGCGCGAAGGAGUGCGAUGCCCUCUGACUUCACCUCGCUGCUCUUCAGCGGGGACCUCGAGCUGACUUCUCCCGGAGCCCUCCUCCACCUCCGAGACUGGCAUGGCGGGACAGAACAACAGGACUGGACAGGCAGAUUUCCUCCUGCAUCCUGUCAUUAAUCAGUGUGUGAUCUUCUACCCAGAGAGCUGCAGUUGCCUUCCUCCACUCAGCAGAACCCAAACGUCAUGAGUCAAAAGAGUGGUGGAGAGGCAGGGCCUCCUCCUUCUGCUACUGUAGCAUCAGGAAGUUCCCUCUGAAGCAGGGAGUGUCUGCAUAUAAAAUGGUCUGCAGUUCUCUGCUUCAUAGAUGCCAUGUCCUCUUCUAUGACCAUGGAAGGCCCCCGCAGUGCUCUUUCCAACUCUUCCAGCUCCACCAUACAUUCCAGCUCUUCAGCCAGUGACCAGAACCCAGUCCACAGCAACAAUGUUGACCAGGAGGAUGCCAGGAAUAGCCGCGUGGUACCAGAGGUUGUCGGAGCAGAGAACGGAAAUGGCAACGGCGGCGGUGGCGGUAACUGCAGGGGGAGCAGUGAACUGGGAGGUGGAAGAGGUGCAACAUCCCAGGAUGCGCAGGCACAUCACCAGAUGACCCCGUCUAAGCGCCGCACCGUACUGAACAUCUCUCCGCCUCCGCAAGACUUGUUUGACGACAGCCACAUGUCCUGCCAGAAUGAAGCCUCCCUGGACUCAGAGCAGAGUACCAGCAUCUGGAUGGAUGACUCUCUCUCCAACUUUAGUAUCAUGAGCAGUGUUUCCUACAAUGACAACACAGAGGUACCAAGAAAGUCCCGUAAACGUACCCCUCGACAGAGGCCUGGUCCGAAGGCUGUGCCUGCAGGGGAACCCAGCAUGGAUGUGUUUGAUGCAGACAGUGCUAAAGGCCCGCACUUUGUCUUGUCACAGUUAGGACCCGACAACAAGACAGCAUCAAAAGGAAGCUCCGACAAUCCUCAGGCAGCUAACCAUAAAGGGGGGACUCUUUCGAUGCAAUACCCACAGAAGAGUGAGGGGAAGGAGCUGAAGAUCCAGGUCCAACCUGAGACUCAGCACCGAGCCCGCUAUCUUACUGAAGGCAGCAGAGGGUCAGUGAAGGACCGCACGCAGCAAAGCUUCCCUACUGUAAAGCUGGAGGGUGUGAACGAGCCAGUGAUUUUACAAGUGUUUGUGGGCAACGAUACCGGGCGUGUGAAGCCUCAUGGGUUUUACCAAGCGUGCAGGGUGACCGGCCGCAACACCACAGCCUGCAAGGAGGUGGACAUUGACGGCACAACUGUCAUUGAGGUGUCCCUUGAUCCAAGCACCAACAUGACACUAGCGGUGGACUGUGUCGGGAUCCUGAAGCUCCGUAACGCUGAUGUCGAGGCUCGUAUUGGCGUCGCUGGGUCCAAGAAGAAGAGCACACGCGCUCGCCUGGUGUUCCGGGUCAACAUCCCCCGUUCAGACGGAUCAGUGCUCACACUCCAGACUCCCUCGUCUCCAAUCCUGUGUACACAACCUGCAGGGGUGCCUGAAAUCUUGAAAAAAUCACUGCACAGUUGUUCAGUGAGGGGCGGAGAAGAAGUCUUCAUCAUCGGCAAAAACUUUCUCAAAGACACCAAAGUCAUAUUUCACGAGAAUGUUUCAGAUGAGAACUCGUGGAAGGCUGAGGCUGAAAUCGACAUGGAGCUGUUUCACCAGAAUCACUUGAUAGUGAAGGUUCCUCCGUACCAGAAUCAAGCCGUCACCUCUGCAGUGUAUGUGGGAGUCUAUGUGGUGACGAAUGCUGGGAGAUCGCAUGACGUUCAGCCUUUUACUUACACUCCAGAUCCAGCACUACAUGAUGUUCCUGUGAAGAAAGAGAUGCCUUCUCCAGUGAAGACUUGUUCUUUUGAGGAACAAAUUAAAGUUCUGGAUGGUGCUCUGAUGCCCUCGAUGUUGCCUUUAGUGAAAAGAGAAGAAGUCACUCCGAUGGAAGUGACCAGCAACCUCCAAUCUUCUGGCGUAUAUAAGACUGGUGAUCUGUGUCAAACCCAGCAGAACCCAGACAUGACUGCAGGACAUCUAAAUAAAAACAGACCCUUCUCCAACAACUUGUCUCAGGCUGCAUCUGACCCUGACAAAGCUCAGGCUUCUGUUUUUACCAACACUGAGCCCCUGAGCACCAUCCAGAAGCAGGACAUUGCUCCCACCAGCUCAUUUCCUGUGCCGACAGACUCUCUGCUCCAGCAGGGUUCCCAGCAGUUCCUCCUGGAGCCUAGAGAGGGCCUCGGCCAGGAGAGACCAGGCAGUGCCUCUGGAGGUGUGGGGAGGCUGUGUGGAGAACCUAUUCCCCAGCAGCAGCAGCAGCAACAGCAGCAACAGCAGCAGCUGCCACUGUUCCCUCCAGAUGAGGUGGCCCAGCUUGAAGAGGCAGUGAGACAACUUAAAGCCAAAGGGUUCUGUAACUUACCUCUUCAGUCUGACAACUCCAUGGCCAAACAGCAACAGCAGCAGCAGCACAUGCAGCACCAACAGCAGAUCCAAAAACAGCAAAUCCAGCAGCAACAACACCAACAAAUGCAGCAGCAGCAACAGGUGCUGGAGAAUUUACAGCAGCAUCUGUUUCAGUCACAGAUUCAGAUGCAGUGUGGCAUGUUUCAGGACGCCACCCAGGGCAAGAACUCGGAACAGCAGGGCACAUCACAAGGAGUGGUGCCAAACCCGGGAUCUCUCUUCCAGCAACAGCAGCAGCAGCAGCAGCAACAGCAGCAGCAACAAGCAGCUCUCUUUCAACAGGCAAACAACCUACUUUCUAUUCAGACCAACUUCCUCCAGCAAACACCAUCUCACCCUUCGCCACCCAUGUUCCACAACCCCAGCACUCUGGCUGAAACACAAGAUCCACAGGGGGCUCUAUUUCAGAAGGCUUCUCAGGAGCAGGUCCAGGCUGCUCUCUUUCAAAACACCAUGACAGUACUGCAGUCCCCAGAGCAACAGCCCGCAACCCCUGGACUUUUCCUCCCCCAGUCCUCCCUGCCCACUCAGCUCACAACCAGCAAUUCUCAACAACAGCAGCAACAACAGAAGCAGCAGCAGCUGGUCUUCCUCAGUGCCCUACAGUCCCCUACCCCUGAACCACAAUCAGUAUUUCAGGCUCAGACCCAGCUCUCCCCAAUCCAGCAGAGGAGUCCCAUGGAGCAGCAGCCGCCCUCCCAGCCUCAGACCCACACACAGCCAACCCAGCAAGCUCCCUUAUUCCAGAACAUCUCUCCACAUCCACCUGCAAACACACUCUCUCCAGGCCAGCAGCAGCAGCAACAGACUGGCCUCCUGUUCUGCAACAACACUCUGUCCACCCCAGACCAGGCCUCCAGCCUCCUGUUCAACAGCCAGGGCCAGAUGCCUCCUCUGACCAGCAGCAGUCUGGUUUCUCAAGAGCCCCAAAACUCCUCUCUGCUGUUUUCACAAUCCAAUCUGGUGACUGUAAACCAGCAGGAUCGCUCUGAGCCAAUGGCCUUGGGGAACCCCACCCAUCCAAGACAACAAGUCAUGUUUCAGGAGCAGCAGCCGAUGCAGCUGGGUGGCAGCUCAAACAGCCGGCAGGAGCCGCCUGUGGGCCUCUUCAUGCCUCAGUCCAACAUGGCCUCUCUGCAGGGGGGACUGGCUCAAGAGCUCGCACAGUCAGCCAUGUUUGCUCCACAGAACGGCGUGGCGAACCUUCAGACGACCACCCCCUCCCCUGUUCAACAGCCAGGACCGCUCUUUCAGACGACCGUGAGUGGGGGCAUCAAUCAGCCCAGCCAGCCUCAACAACCUGGCCUGUUCCUCUUUGGGAUUCAGAACGGAUGUGGCCAGUUGAUGAACACUCCUGGAAACACACUGUCGGAUCAGAUCAUAGCCAUCAGCCAGUCUGGUCAGAACCAAAGAGAGAGUGAUGCUCGUAUCCAGUCUCUGCUCAAUCAGUCCCUGUCUCAGUCUGGGACUGUGCAGAACAGCAUGUCCGCCUCGCAGAACAUGGAGAAGAUCGACGACCUGCUGGUCAGCCUGCAGGAGUCCGGCAGCAGCUUAAGUCGUUCAUAUUAACCUCUGUACUUCAUUCUUUUACUAAUAUUAUGUAUGGAAAAUUAGACAGUUAAAUGUAUAUGAAUUUGUUUUUACAAACUGAGCAUGAUGUGCGUCACCAAAUGUUUUUCUAGCCUACUCACAUAUAUUUGAGUCUUCAUUAGGAAAAAAACUGUGAAGGUGAGUUCAACAUUGUAAAGUGCUGCCGGCCGUGCUGAGCCGGGCUCUUAUUAAAACUAUGGCAGAAUACGUUGCCUAAAAGCAAACUGGAGAAAUUAAUAUCAAGAUAGUGAACUAGAAAUUUGUGUUGGACUUUCUUGGCCGAGCAGUUUGACCAAGAGAGGCGAAUAUCUCUUAAUAACCUUAAAGACUGACUGACUGACUACCCAAUGUUAAAUCAUGCAUGUGAAAACUGAGGUGGACUGUAGAUGAGAACUGUGAGAAAAUUUGUCAUAACUUUCUGAUGACGAUGAAGAUGAUGAUGAGGGAGGGGAAAUUUAGCCCAAAUUUUCGCUCAUAUAUCUUGUGAAUUUUUGUUGAUAUCCGUAAGUAGAUUGUGAGUCGUGUUGUUUGGUUGUUGUGGUGUUUUCUAAAGUGUUCUCCAAAGUGUUUGGUGGUUUGCGUGAAUAGUGUUCCCUUUAAUACUUCUUUCGUAGUUUUGUUGUAGUUGUUGCAUGGAGGGUGUAGCGCGUGGUACGGUAGGAGUGUUUGGAAGGACUGUGGUAUGAAAGGUUGAAUACAUCAUAGAUGUCGAAGGUAUAGUCACUGUUGACGGGGUUUGGAAUUAUUAACAGUGCGGCAAGUGAAGCGAGAGAAGGUGAGAGGGGAAGAGUGGAGGAAGGUAACUGAGAAGUAGAAAAUUGCAGGCUAUAGAAACGAAUAGAAACAUUUCCUUCUGUCUUAUGUGAUGUGUAGCCACAAACGUGUCUGUCAUGUAUGUGGAUGCUUGUUAUUUCAGUGUUGCAGCAGAUAGCUGAUGAUAUGAAUGAGUUCACUGUAGCUGUUUCUGAAAGGCUAUAAAGUGACGUAGGUUUUCAUUGAUGAUGUGAUAAAGACAGAAACGGCACUCAGUCUGUGUCUAAGUAAGGAUCUUUAAAAACAAAAAAAACCCGACCAAUAAAUUUUAGGCCUGUUUGGUACAGUAAUAAAAAAAAGAAUAUUUGUCAUAGAGCAAGUAGUGGUCAGUAACGUGAUCAUCAGCAGCUCUAAAGCAUAUCUUUCUAUAUUAGAUAUUUCGCCGUCACCACAGUGUACAGAUAGCACUUUGUAAUGUAGUAUAAAUGAACAGGCUAACAUUUAGUCUGUAUUCAUCAAAACCAAACUGUGUCAGUUUGAUACUUUUUACAGCUUAGUCUCCUUUGAAUACAUUCGGAAGAAAUAACUCUUUUAAGAAAGUGUAGUGGUAGAAAUGUAACAAAUAAUGGCUGAUAUGAUUGUUUUUUACAUGUAUAUUCAGCACUUUACGAUGCUGUGACGACUUAACUCAUCCAGGGUACACUACAGUCCCACGAGAGGUGGCUUUCCUUCUUUUUUAUCUCAGCCGCCUCUUCCUCAUUGUUUACAGUGAAGAAGAUACAUUUCCCAUGUGUUUGCAUAGCAACGCUCAUGUAGUCGGGCAAACUCAACAUACAUAUUUCCACUCGAAUUUAGUUUUGAGAUGUUAUCAUACAGUUUGAAGACAUACAUUUCACAUAAUACAGUUAAAUACAACAUCUAAUUUCCAGCCAUGUUACAACUACUACUUUUCAUUCCCAAAACUUAGUGCAUUAUUUAUUUUAAGAUGCUUAGAAAUCUGGACAAAUGAGGAAAGAUGUGGUUCAAGACAUUUUUAUUUUAAUGACUCUUAUUUAAAUACAUGCAUCUACAGUAGAGAGAGAGUAGAAUGUAAUAUAGUAUAUUAAUAUAAUAUUUUUGUCAUAAGGGUAGGAUCGUUUUGUGUUGUAGUGUCAUUUUGCGUCAGGCACGCAUGAACUGGAGUAGUAUUCUUAAACAAGCUAGAGAAGAGCCUUUUUACCCGUUUUAUUCAAGUGAUGGAUUCAGCUGAAUGUUGAGGAGAAGCAGUCGUUUGUCGGCUACAACUGUACAUUAUAUUUCUCACCUGGAUCGAUGUAUUAACAUGCAGUAACAGAGCCCUUUUUCUAUGCUUUCCUUUAAUUGGAAACUCGUCUGCAGAUCUAAUGUUGGCCUGUGGCCUCAGGACCAAAGUUUGACUCCAAUCUUGCUUUGCAUGAAUCCUGAUGACAGGCCAGUUUUAUGGCUCGUGAGCUUUUAUUUACUUUUAUUUUUUCCUACUUGCAAUUAAACUUUUAAGAAAAUCAUAGACAGCCUAUUCUUUUCCCUCCUAAAGAUACAGAUUUCAUUGACGUCACACCUUUCUUUGUUUAUUGUGUUGUUGUGUUAUAUGUGGUUUUACUGUACGUGUGUGCAUGAACAAGGGGCUGGUCUCUACUGACGACCGAAUGGGCUCUAGUUUAAUGCCUUGUCUCAUUUUCUCUGUAGAGUUUGUCAGAAACUCAUAAACACAGUUACAUUUUAUACACUUUUCAAUCAGUUUGUUGUUUUUUGUGACAGAUAUGAUGUAAACUUGACUAAUGUGAUUUGUGGAACUACAGUGUGUUGGUUUGAGCAGUUAGACGGUGUUUUUUAAAGGGACCCUACUCCUGAAGGAAACCUGACUUUGGAGAAAAGAGCUAUCUGUGAUUGGCUUUCUUCAACUUGUGAAGCAGAAGAAUUGAGAUCUCCAGUGUUGAAUAUUUAUGAUUUUAUUUGUUUUACAGAGUUUUCUUUUUUUUGUAGUACCUGUUCCUCGUUUUGGAGAAUCUAAUUUAUUUGUGUGUUGGUUAUUAUCUAAAUUGUUUCCCGUAAUCAUAGUUCUGAAUGUACUGAUGAGCCCCCACAAUAAUAUACAUUCCUGUGCACAGUUACACGUUAAUGAACAUAUCAUAUGUUUGUUCGAGACUUUUAAUUGGCCCUUCAUUUCUGUUUCAACCACGAAGUUAAAAGCAGAGAAAAAUUGCACAGAACUUCAACAGUUUUUUUAAGAAAUCUUAAAAAUAGGACCAACAAAUUUCAGUAUUUUUACAAUGACUAUAAUUCUGAUUGUGAUUAUAAAGUGUGGCUGUAGAUGCCUCACUUGAGAUCCAGAAUGUUCUUUUGUACACACACUGGGGAGGUAAUUACUUUUUUGUAAUUACAGUUUCCUCAUUUGUUUAUUUACAAUGUAACUCCUAGAUCAGAAAUACAAGAGUGUUACUCUUCAUACAGUCUUUACUAAUUGUAUGUAAAAGAGCAGGAUUGUUGAUAAAGGUUCUCACUUUUUCCAAGACGCUACAAACUAACUCUCUGUUUUCCUGCAAUAGAACAAGACGUGGCUUGCUAUUAACAUUACCAGUUCAUUUAAUAUCAACAAACUGAAUUUGCUAUCACAGGUAUUUUUUUUCCCCCUAAAAUGUCACUUUAGACACGAAUAUAAGCUGUACAUGUGCCUUGAGGAGAUGUCGUAGUAUCGACCAGAUGUUUUACCGUUGUCUGUUUAACAUGCCGUUGGCCCCUGUAGUCCGGUGUCGAUUAGUCCUCAUUAACUAGAAUGUUUUAAGCCAUAAGACUUUAAGUGUGCUUUAAAUGCUCAACAACAGUGACCAGAUAAGUGUGGUUGUGGUUGAUACAUGUGUUGUGCAAUUCCUGUCAUGCAUCUAAUUUGUUUGUACUGAAGUAUCCAUUGCAUUUAUGUUACACGACGUAGAUGCAGACAAACUUUUUCUCUGAAACUGCUAUGCAGCUAAUAUACUGUAAAUGUAGAUCUGUUAGUUUUUGAAUAUAUAUUUUUCUAUAUAUGGCCUCUCCUGAGAAACCAAAAUAGAUGUUCUUUCUAUUAUUUAUGUUGCUUGUUGAAAUGUUUUCUGAUGCUUUAAGUGCCGCCUGAAACCGAUUUAGAAAUCUUUUAGUCAGUUGAAAUGUAAAUUUCUCUUUCUCUUUUUUUGAUUCAAGGGUCACUAAUUUUCUUUUUUAUUACAUUGUUGCUAGUACGGUAAAUGUGGUGGUUUGUGUUAUAUCCAGGCCUGUUGUUUAUUGGUGUAGUGGUUCCUAGUCUUUAUGAUUUCUCUCAGGGCCUUGGAGAUACCAGGAUUCUUAUUCUGACCAAUAACAUCAAUGCAUGAUGGUUUUGUGUGUCUUCUAAUUACACAUUCUGCAAAGCAAUAUUCACUGUAAUUUAUCCCGACUUAGUCUGACAUUAGAAUUUUCCAAAAAUGUGCCUCUUCCACAUUUUUUGUAAUAUCUUUAAAGUCUGUUCACUCUUAACACAAGAGAACCACUUUACCAGUAAACAGCUUCUUUUAGUCCUGGAAAUAACGAGGGGGGAAAUUUAGUCUUUUUGUUUCUAACAAUGUGAACAAUCGUCUGAUAAUCACCCUGGGGAGAAAACAAUCUUUCUAUAUAUUUGGCUUUUGUUGGGACUUUUUUUUUUCUUGCAAAUACAUUUUUGUAAACUUGCUGCUAUCUAUAUUAAACAUAUACACGUUCAA